GCAAAAAAAAAAAGAAAAAAAAAUGAUUCUCGGGCGUGUUCUCAAUGCUGCUAGUGAUGUUGUCCAUGAGGUAACCAGCAGGAAGAAGAAAUCUCAUAAGAUCAUCAGAGGCACUGUUGUUUUAGUGAAAAAUAAUGUUUUCGGCUUCAAUACCAUCCAUACGACUGUAGCUGAUAGUGUUUUUGAGUUAAUAGGAAAAGGAGUUACUUUGCAGCUCGUCAGUGCUGACAAUGCUGACCCUGCAAAUGAAAACGGAGGAAAGCUUGGGAAGUUAGAAUCUUUGGAGAACUGGAACCUGACAUGUACUCCACUAGCCUGUGGCGAUUCCUUGUAUAAGGUUUCCUUUGAGUGGGAUGAGGAGAUUGGAACUCCCGGAGCUAUCAUCCUACGAAAUAAUCAUGCUGCUGAGUUCUUCUUAAAAACUAUUACUCUUGAAGAUGUUCCUGGUGCAGGUCGAAUUCACUUUCUUUGCAACUCUUGGGUUUAUCCUGAUAGAAAAUAUAAAAAACCAAGAGUUUUCUUCUCCAACAAGACAUACCUUCCACAUGUAACGCCUGCACCGCUGCUUAAGUACAGAGAAGAAGAGCUAAAGGUCUUGAGAGGAGAUGGGAAAAGAAAGCUCAAGAAAAGGGAUCGUGUAUAUGACUAUGACUGCUACAAUGAUUUGGGGAAUCCUGAUAAGGGUGCAGAACACGCUCGCCCUGUUCUCGGAGGGUCGGCGGAGUAUCCUUAUCCUCGAAGAGGAAGAACAAGUCGACCACCAUCAAGAUCAGAUCCCAAUACUGAGAGCAGGUGUUUUCUACCGUUUAGAAUUUUUAACGUUUACGUCCCUAGAGAUGAGCAAUUUGGUAACUUGAAGGCGUCCGACUUUGUUGCUUUUGGUCUGAAAGGUUUAGUUAAGCAAAUCAUUCCGUUACUUGAAGCUAUUGUUGACCUUACUCCUAAUGAAAUCGAUUCCUUUAAGGAAUUAGACAAUCUCUACUUCAAUGGACUUCCACUUCCUACUAAUGCUCUCAAUCAGAUUGUGAGUCAAAUUCCUUUACCAAUGAUGAAGGAAUUUUUUCGGAGAGACGGGAAACAACUCUUAAAAUUUCCAGUGCCUCAAGUGAUUAAAGAGAAGAAUAAGACUACUGCAUGGAGAACAGAUGAAGAAUUCGCCAGAGAAAUGGUUGCUGGAGUGAACCCCCUUCUCAUUCGUCUUCUAAAAGAAUUCCCUCCAACCAGCAAACUAGAUCCUGAAGUUUAUGGUCACCAAAACAGUUGCAUAACCAAAGAAGAAAUCGAGUAUAACUUAGAAGGACUCAGUGUAGAAGAGGCACUGGGGAGCAAUAGGCUAUUUAUAUUGGAUCAUCAUGAUUCAGUGAUACCCUACCUCAGGAGGCUAAACAGUACUACAGGAACAAAGAUUCACGCAUCUAGGACAAUUCUCUUCUUGAGAGGUGACAGCACAUUGAAGCCAGUGGCAAUUGAAUUGAGCUUGCCACAUCUAGAUGGAGAUAAAUUCGGCGUUGUUAGCAAGGUGUACACUCCAGCAGAUCAUGGAGUUGAGGGUUCUAUUUGGCAGUUUGCUAAAGCUUUUGUAGUUGUGAAUGAUUCUGGUCAUCAUCAGCUAAUAAGCCACUGGUUGAACACUCAUGCAGUUUUAGAGCCAUUCGUGAUUGCAACAAACAGACAGCUGAGUGUGAUUCAUCCAAUUUAUAAACUUCUCCACCCUCACUAUCGUGACACGAUGGCUAUUAAUGCAUUGGCCAGGGAAAUACUUGUGAAUGCGGGUGGAUUGCUAGAGAAAACGUUUUACCCGUCAAAAUAUUCCUUGGAGAUGUCGUCACAUAUUUAUAAGAGUUGGAAUUUCAUGGAUCAGGCACUCCCCACUGAUCUCAAGAAAAGAGGAAUUGCAGUUGAUGAUGAAAAUUCCCAACAUGGUCUUCGACUACUGAUAACAGACUAUCCAUAUGCUGUUGAUGGGUUGAAUAUCUGGUUUGCACUAGAAAAAUGGGUCAGAGACUAUUGCUCCUUCUACUACGAGACCGAUAAAAUGGUUCAAGAGGACCCUGAACUUCAAGCCUGGUGGAAGGAACUCCGAGAGGUAGGUCAUGGCGACAAGAAACAUGAGCCAUGGUGGCCUAAAAUGCAAACUCGUGAAGAGCUGAUAGAAUCUUGCACCAUUAUCAUUUGGAUAGCGUCUGCUCUCCAUGCAGCGGUCAACUUUGGCCAGUACGCCUAUGGAGGCUACUACCCAAAUCGUCCAACACUCAGCCGCAGGUUCAUGCCAGAGAAAGGCACCCCUGAAUAUUCUGAGCUUGAAAGGAACCCUGAGAGGGCUUUCUUCAGAACAAUGGCUCCACAGCUACAAUGCCUCACUGGCAUUACUGUGGUAGAAAUUCUGUCGAAGCACCCAUCAGAUGAGGUGUAUCUUGGACAACGAACCCCUGGCUGGACAACACAUUCAGUACCACUGGCAGCUUUUGAAGCUUUUAAUAAGAGACUUGCUGAAAUUGAAGGAGAAAUUUUAAAGAUGAACAUGGACAAGAAAUUGAAGAAUCGGGUUGGUCCUGUCAAUGUACCAUACACUUUGCUCUACCCAACGGGUGAAGUUGGACUCUCUGGCAAGGGAAUUCCAAAUAGCAUCUCAAUCUAAACUAAAGUUAACAAGGGCUUACUAACGUAUAAUAAGUGUGAUGUUAUGGAAUCUUGAUGUUUCUGUUUGUUAUGACUAUGGUUUUAUGUUUGCUUCCCAUCAUAAAGCUGUUUUUGGGGUUUUGAUCUCUUGGCAAUUAGCAUUUUUCCUUUUUAUUUGUAUUGUCAGGUUAAUUAGGAUAUGCUUCAGCUGAGGCUCCUCUAUCUUUCUAUUUCUUGUGUUUUGCUUCAUGGUUUCUUUGGGAUGCUCUAUCUGUAAUCUUCUUGGGUAGUGAGCAAAAAAAAAAAAAAAAACUCUUGGGGAUCAUAUCUUUUAUGCUAUAAGUCUCUUGAUCUUGUCAUCAUCUUACUUUUAAACCACACAUUGAACAAUGGGUUUCAAUUGAGAUGGUCAAUGAAAAGCAAUAAAAUGA